UGUUUACGCCUGCGCACAGCCGCCAGAAGAAAGACAGAAGUUGUUGUGUUGUUGUUGCCCUCACGAAGGUUUUCAUGCCUAAACAUGUCGUGUUCAGCUUUGAGCUGUAAAAAUCGACCGUCACCAGGGACUGGCAUAAGUUUUCAUCGGUCGCUUCCCAUUAGACGAUAAGGACCGGCUGCAGAAAUGGCUGCUGAAUCUCAGACGGGACAAUUUCCAGCCGUCUCCAUCUGCGCGCAUAUGUUCGCAACACUUCGAAGACAGCUGCUUCUUCACGAACAAUCACGGGAAACUGUGCCUUUCCAAAAGCGCCGUCCCUACCUUAUUUUACUACCCCAUUUCUUUUCGCUCAUGGCGUAAAUACUGGUCAAAGCGCAUGGUUGUUAGUGAGGAGGAGAAAUCCGGUGAUGGUUCUAGGGGCACUUUACAUGCUGUAGAGACUACAGAUGACCACCAUAAACCAGAAGCCACAGCAGCUUGUUUCGGGACCCCACAAACCCUGCUUAAAACUGAGCCCAGGAGCAGGUUUGUGGAGGUGGAUGUUAUCUUGAAUGAGUCUAUAAAAGAAGAAGAAGAUGAUGAUAUUGGAUUAGAUAUGCCGGACACUAAUGUGAGCCCAGUGAUUUACCCCAGCGAGGUUUGUGUGGUCGCAGUUCGACAGGAUCACUGCUAUUAUUCCAGUUCUUCAAACACAGAUGGGACAAACGCAGCAGGGAAUCAGGAGAGCGAAUCGGCGGAGAUGCUUCGGCACAAACUGCAUGUGGUUUUGAGCAAGAUUAAAGUCUUCAGGAAAACCAUGAAGAUCAAGAACCAAAUGAUCAGACGCCUGAAGAGCAGAGUGCUGUCGCUGAAGGCCAACGUGAAGACUGAAAGAUUGCAGAGAGAGAAAAUGCAAGUUACACUGAGCAAGUUGCAGAAGGACCUAGAUUGUCGACUCCAGCCUAAACCAAAGAGUCCAGACCUGUGAACAAAACACUAACAAAACUAAUUUAUACUGGACUCUAUAAAGCUGAAAAGUCUCCGAUGAGGAGAUUCUGCUUUUCCAUUUGGUGGCUCUUGCUGAGGAAAAUACAUUUACAUCCUGUAAGCACUUCAAAUGGUUGGGAAAAGAUUUUAGGUUCUUCAUUGUUUGGUGAAAGGAAACAUGCUGUAGUUUUGUUGACUCAAUGGUGCGCAGUAUGCUCUACAUCCACUUUUAUAUUGUACAGUUAGUUGUUUUCAUAAUAAAUAUUUGACGUCUUGAUUUUUUCAUCAUUUAU